AUGGGUGUCGCAGCCCAACACUUGCCGCCCUACUCCGGGAACGUCGCAGCAUAUGCUCUCUCCAAGAGCUUGUAUGGCUCGAAUCAUGCCACUUUCGAAAUCAAGAAUCACGUGUUCAAUGUUGAGGCCAUCUCCGAAGAGAUAGCGGCAUUUCUCAUCAAGUAA